AUGUGGCGGAUAGUCCCGCAGCGCGACGUGCUCGAAAUGGUCAAUAUGUUGCACUGGCUGGCUGGCCAGAAGCUGCCAGAAGAAGCGACAGACCCUGGCACAACAGGCUAUGUCGACCCGCCAGAAACGCCGGCGCCUGUCUUUGCAGUUCGCGCUUUCAAGCAUGCCAUCUUUGGCACGCCUCAGACCGUGCAACAGCCAAAAGUUCGACGACAUUCGAGUACCGAGCAUACACGAACGCGAGCACAUACGCGCCCCGAACGACCACAACUGACGCGACCGAAGAGUGCUGGAGAUGCUCGUUUGUUGGAGGAAGCUGCGGCGCCUGAAGCUGUCAGCUCGCCGACCAAGGGCAUACUAAUGACGCCCGGCACGGCUGCUGCGAAGAAGAAGAAUGUCACUUUUGGCGACCACGUCCUGGACAACGAGGAGAAGAGACCGUCCAAAAGUGGUCUGCCGGAGGAAUAUCCAGGCAAGUUCCCGAGCCCGUGGACCAAGCCAAUUGGCAGUGAUGACGAUCUAUCGGACGUACCGGACAGGAUUGAAAAGACGAAGGGGCGAAGUAGCAAGCUUACAGAAGCGCUGGAGCAGGCUCGCGACGAGUCUGGCAAGCGGACGAGGACACACAGACGUAAUAAGAGCGUAGACGAGUCUGACAUGACCAAAGAUAUGCUCGAGCCUGUCUCUGACUCCGGCAAAUACUGGAAAGUUCAAUACGACUCUUAUCGCGAAAACUCGCAACGUGAGAUCAGGAAGCUUAUUACCAAGCAGAAGGCUGCGAAGACGUUUGCACGCGACAAGGACACGCAGUGCAUCGAACUGGCGGACGAGCUCCGACAGGAGCGAAAGAAGGUGGAGAAGCUGGAGAAGAGAACCGCUGAGCUUGAGCGGAGAUUGAAGGCAAUGCAGCAGGAAUUGGAGCAGGCUAGUGCUCGCCCUGCCGCUGAAUCUAUCGUGCAAGUUGAGUCCGCUGCUCCUUCGAAGAUCAAGGAGGGCCAUCUUGCUCCAAAAGCAUCGGCACAACAUACUUCUCAGCCUCUCGUCCCAGCGGCAAAGACGACAAUAGAGCAGCUUGCGCUACCAACGACAUCGGACGUGCCAGUGCUAGCUAUGAGCAAGCAUGAGAUCGCAGCCAAAGCCGACCCCGAGCCUGUGAAGUCACGGACCAGAACACGACCUACAACAUCACGAACGAAGACUGAUGAUGACAUCUGGAACCAAUCACUCCAGUCGAGUGGCCUUGCGCGAAGCCGAUCCCCGGAGAGAUCUAAGGCAUCGUGCAAACCAGGACGCAGCAUCACAAGCGGUACUGAAGUGACACCUUUACAAUCGCUGAGUAUCAACACCUUGCCAUCUGCAAGUCUGCUACGGCGAGACUCCGUACAACCCUCGCCGCCAAUGGAUCAGUUCGCGAAAGAGCCGCUGGUGCGACAAGAAGUAAUAUGGCCGCGUGAGGCAGCAGAGAAGCCCAAGACUUCUCCUGCACUUGCGGCAGGCUUGCCAACAGCACCAGCGCCAAACGUUGAUGAAGUCCCAGCGAGAUCAAGAUCACCGAUCAGGACCAAAACUACAACCGUGGACCUCACGAGCGACCUCACCAUGCCACCACUAGCCUCAAGUCCCUUUCAACCAAGUCCAAUGCUUUCACCACCAGGGGUCGAUGUAAAGAAGUCAACAUAUUUCGAUCCGAAAGCGCAGCCGCUACCUACCACUACGGGUGCCACAACCAAAGACGAUGAGAGCCCGGCUUCGAAAACCAGACCAGCUCUGGCAGAGAACAUCAAGCCAACAGCAGCAUGGAACGCUAUCAACGCACCUGGUGCUGGUAUGCGGCUUUCGAGCUUGACGGACAAGAGUGGCCGAGAACUGAACCAAGACCGUAUUGCUGCAGCUCGAGCGCGCAUUGCUGCAAAGGGACGUGGGCCUUCUUGA